UGGUUAUUUUACAGGCACGCAACAUUCUGAGGCAUUGAGAAAGCAAAGCGGCAUAUGAAAGCAUAACCUUUUGGCUCAGGGCUUUGAUAAUUCAUACUGCAUAUGUGGACUUUUCCCACCUGCUGCUGCCAUCAAACAAACUUACAAUGCCAUCGAUCAGUCUUUCCUUCAAUAUCCUGGGUUUGGUUGUGGCUUUAGUCACAGCACAAAAUAACUCAAAAAGGAUUCUCACAAAUUCAACUGAAUUUGAUAGUAACGGAAAUUAUUCCACCACUGCAACACCCCUCAACACCAGUGCCAAUGUCACCAGAACCACCGACGCCAUUACCGUCACCUCCACCAGUACCUUGAACUUCAACGCGGACAACAGCACCAUCCCACCUCCAACAACAAAGCAAAAUGGUAGUGGAGGUUCUGGCAAAGAACCCAGAAGUACAGUUCCUUUGAUCACCACACCAAAACCCAUUGGUCCUAAAACCUCAAAAUCGGCCGCCACAACAAAAACAGGCACCACUACCACUGUUAAGCCAAAGCCAACAAGCCCCACUGCUAAGCCAAGUACAGGUGACAGCACUGGCAUUAUCAUCCUAGUUGUGAUCCUCCUCAUAGCUCUUGUAUGUGGAGUUGCCUGCUACUUUGCACGGAAGAGAGGAAGGCGCUACUCUGUUGACUUCACUUCCAGACCGGAUGAAGCCAACAUCCCUCUCAGCACUGUGGAGCCUGAGUUGCCUAUUGAUACUACAUCUCAGAACGGACUGAAAACCUUUGAAAGUGCAGAAACUACUACAAAAGAGGAGCAAAAACCAGAGGCAAAAUCUGGUGUGCAGGAGGAGCAGAAAGCUGAGGCUGAUAAAUCUGUUGUUGAUGCCAGCGCUGAGUCUGCAGCUCCGACGCCAUCCCCAAACAGCUCUGAGGACAAACCCAAAGAGGACGUUGUUGAGCAAAGUCCCCCAGCACCUGUGGAGCCGAGUGUGGAGGAGAAAACUGAUGACGAAGGUGUCGUCUCCAAUAAGACCUCAGUGGAAUCACUGAAGGAGACAAAUGAGAACAACAGCAACAAUGCUGACUUCAGUCAGAAGAGAGAUUUGAAGAGGAGCAGCAUCUUCUGGGACAUUCCUCUCGAUUGUCCAGUGUGAGACAUAUCGCCUUUCUGCCCCUGCGCUGUUCUUCAGGAACUCGAUUGAAGAGGUAACCACAGUGGAAAAGGACACGUCUGUUCAUACCUAGUGAGAAAUCUAGUGGGCUGUUGGCACCUUGUUGGGGAAAACAAUUUAUUGUAACAUAGCAGCUUUUUCAAAGUUAAAUGUCAGCUGAGCUCAGCUUUUUAAGUAUUUUACUGAAUGUUAAUAAACUAGACUGGGUUUAGAUAGAUAGAUGUAUAGACAGACAGACAGACAUAAGUCCCCCCUAUUUUGCAUUUAUAAACAGUAUAUAAACAUACAUUUUUAAUAGGUUUAUAACACACUAUGAUGUUGUAAGCAGAUAUAAGUGUUUAUAAAUGUAUUUAUCAAUAUUAAAUGUAUUUAUCAACUAAGGAGGGAUUCCUCUCCCAGCACAGACAGGGAGACAAGACAAUAGAGGCAAUAGAUGUUAUGUGAACAGAAUAGACCAACAUAAUAAAAUUCAUAUAACAAAAUGAUACAUAGAAUGUGAACAUAUAUGAAAAAGAUGGAUCCAGGAAGAUGUCAAACAGAAAAUAGGUGUCACCAAACAGCCAGAGCCGGAGCCACACAACCUCCUUUCCACCGUGUAACCUGGAAACUGCUUGUAAAUACUACGGGGGACUCAAAGUCAAGUGUUACCUGUACUUUACAAUAUGGUGUGGUUUUAAGUUGUUAUUAGCAAUCUUAUUAAUGGUUUAUAAAAAUGUAAAUAAAUAAAUCCUGUUAUAAUGCAAUGUAAGUGUAAAUACAAGCCUUGGCAUUGUAUAUUUACUGUUAACUCCCCAACCAAUACAUCCUAAAUGUGGACUAUUUUUCCUAUUUUAUGGUCACAUAACUAUUUUUGGUAAGCAUUUGUAAAAUAUUAUUAAGAAUAAGGCAGAGAGAAAUGCUAUAUUACUGUUACAGUAUAAUCUUUGACAUUGAAUGAUUUACAAUAACUCUGGCGUAUCAUCUGGUGUUUCCUGUGUUUUGAUGGAAAUUAGAGCAACUACAGGGGUCAAAGGUAAUAUGACGCCAUUGACAGGCAACGUCAAUGCUCCAAGCAAUAGAUUAAAAUGACAGAUUUCUCUGGGUUUGAACAUUGUUGAAAACAUUUGGGAUAAUGUAUGUACACAACUAAACAAUAUAGUUAUAGUUUUUAGACAAAUAUAUCAUAUCUUUAAAGUUUUUGUUAUGCUGAAAAAUUGCUAUUAUGUGAAUGUCAUUUGAAUGUAUUAAAGAAAAGUAUUUAAACUGUG